GUUCACCGUUCAGCCCACGACUAGUCAGUUGAGGCUCGGAUCUCCUUCGAAACGGUUGUCUUUUUUCUUUCCACCUUCAAAGUGCGCGCGCUGGAAAACUUCACGGAAUUUUACCCACCCAGUGUUGAGCAGAAAUUCAAAAGAUUGCAACACACGUCUUUUUUCGGUGCAGUCAAGCAGUCAGCUAGUGCGUUGCGGUGUUACGAAAAAAGAACCCAUGAAUUGUUAAACUCAUUCAAGACGAUUUACUACGUGACUUAUAAAAGGUUUAUUUUUCGCAACAAUUAGUGUGAUCGAAAUGAGUGGUGAUGUGCACUGUGAAGAGGAAAUUUAACGGAUAAUUCGAAUUUUGCCGAACGGGCUCCUUUAUCUCAAGCGACCAACAACGUCCAGUUGAAAGUGAAGAAAAUGACCAAACUGCAAGCGCGGGAUGUUGCUGCAGUUUGAAGAGAGUGAAAAUAAGGUGGAAAAUCAGUCGACCGCGUCCGUUUUUCUAUGUGAUGAAGAUUUGAUUAUUGCCUUCUAAGAUUGGGCAUGUAAUAGUUACAUACUCACGAAAAUAAAAACACAGCCGCGCAGUGGACAGUUAAACCGUGCCAGUCGGAAUCGAAGAUUUAUAGCCAUUUAGGAGGAAAAUUUGGCGCGGGCUCCGAAUUGGAACUAAUUGACGGGUGGUCCCAGCUGCGAUAGGGGCAUACAUGUCUGAAGAAGGUCCACGAAGCAGCAACCGAAUAGAGGUGCGAUAACCGGUGCGUCGAACACUGACUAAAGCAGGUGAUGCAGCCUAUAGAGAAUGGACCAAUAAACCCGUAAUUGAUCAAACGAAAAUGAGCAGCCCCCAACUGACGCAAGGAUAUAGUCGUGCUCGCUUUGUUUCGAAUUAAUAAUGAGAUAUGAAAACAUUGAAAGUGAAAGCAUCGAACCGACAGAAAAUGAACACAGAUUUACUGAACGAUAAAUUCGGAUAGCAUCAUAAGCUUUACAUGUAAUACCUACAACCCUAUUAAGAUGGAUCGAACCGCCAAAUUGUUACCAAAAUGUGGUAGACGAUCUAACGUGAGACCUGAGGUCUUCGAAAAGCUACUUUUAAUAACUGUACUACUCGUUGCCAUCAUCUGUUUCUGGCAUGGUGCAUCGGCUCAGCGCGACACCAUUUGUCCCCCACAGGACAUAAUUCUACCUUGCCGGUGCUCCCAGCGAGGUAGCGAAAUUCAAAUAUGGUGCUCCCACAGCGAUCUUCCACGGGUGCUAACGGGCCUCAAAGCCGUAUCCAAGUCGAUCAAUAGGCCGAUUGACGAGCUGAUUCUGGAGAAUAACUUCCUCCCUUCGCUUCCUGGACGAACAUUCGCUCCCUUGAACAUUCUUCGGUUGAUGCUGCGACACAACGGACUCGAACGUGUCUCCAACGGGUGGUUGAACGAACUGGACAAAAGCUUGGUGGAGGUUUUCAUCGUUGAACGCAAUCUGCGUAGUCUGCCGAUAGACAGCCUGGUUGGAUUGAGAAAACUUGAAGCCGUGACAAUUCAGAGUGACAGCUUGAAACGCCUACCGGACUUUUCCGGCCUGCCAAAGCUGAGAUACAUCUCGGUACAGAGUGCGUCGUUGAUUGAGAUUUCGCCGCAAAGUUUGCGCGAUUUGAAGAACCUGGAAACGGUUAACAUUGUCGGAAGUCGGACGUUAACACGGCUGGAAGGAGGAUUGUUCAAUGAUUUGCCUAAGCUGAAUAUGAUCAAUUUGUCGGAGAACGGAAUCGAUUGGGUCCAUUUGCGGGCAUUUGUUGGAUUGCCUAGUUUGAAAAUAUUGCAGCUUAGCGGAAAUAAGAUGACCGAUGCUGGAAUGAUCGGACGAGCGGUGAAAGAUAUUCCCAACUUGACAGGACUGAAGCUGGAUAGAAACGCGAUCUCGAAGCUGAAUGAGGGCAGUUUCGUUGAUUUACCGGCAUUGAAGGAGCUGUACCUAAAUGACAAUACUAUAACGGAGAUAUUCCACGGAGCAUUCCACAGGACACCUAGUUUGAAGCUAGUCCAUCUGGAAAAUAACUACUUGCGACGAGUUCACCCAGAAUCAUUCCUGCAGGCCUCCGGAAGCGGUGUAGAAAUUAUUCACCUACAGCAGAAUGAAAUAGGACGCGUUGAAGAACUUCGAUCUCUUUUGGAUGCGCUUCCGAUGCUUCGGUUCUUAGAUUUGAGCUACAACAAAUUGGACUCAAUCCCAUUCGGAGCCUUGCGAGGUCAUGGAACGCUGGAACAACUUUACUUAAACAACAAUAAAAUUCGAAUGAUCGAACGAGAUGCUUUUAUGGCAAUGCCAGGCCUUCGCGAACUUCGUCUAAGCAACAAUUCUCUUUCUGAUAUUCUUCCGAUGCCCUUUUGGAACCUUCCGGGCCUCAAAGGCAUUGACAUUUCCUACAACAAUUUCCACCGAGUUGAGCCCACACUUCUCAUUGGAGUUCCAUCUUUGCGAAGAUUUGACAUCAGUGGUAACUCAUUAAGUGUUCUUGAUCCAGCUGCUUUCGUCAAUACUCCCAUGCUUGAAACGGUCAAUAUUUCGUUCAAUGAACUAAGUCUGAUCCAUCCAGCCACCUUCCGCGAUCUGAACCAUCUGUUCGAAGUUGACGCAGGGAAUAACAAACUACAGGAGUUCAUACCAGGACUACCAAUAGCCGUUGAAAGGAUAAACCUUCAACAGAAUCAAAUCUCAACGCUUCCUCAACCACCUUCCAAUAUAUUGGAUCUGCCCGCACUGCGCAUGCUGGAUUUGAGUGUCAAUCACUUGACCAGGAUAGCUAAGGGAACAUUCCAGACAACGCCGCAGAUGCGAGUGUUGGGUUUGGCGCGAAAUCAGCUCCAAAGUAUCGACGAGGGAAGCCUUACGGGAAUGGGUCGCCUAGAGGUACUCAACCUGCAGGACAACCGCUUACUUGCUCUUCACGAGAGGUCAUUGAGUUCACUGGAGAACCUGCGAGAGCUUACAUUGCAAGGGAAUCGUAUUGAAGUUCUUGUAGACCAUCUUUUAGACAACAAUGGCCAUUUGGAGCGCUUCGAUGCAUCACGAAAUAGCAUAGUGGAUAUUUCUCCGAAGGCCUUCAGGAACAGCAGAUCGCUACAGGCACUGGACCUGUCUGCGAACAAGUUGAGGCAGUUGCCAGAGUCGCUUAGUGGAUUGAGUGAAUUGCGAGAGAUUGACGUGAGCUUUAACGAGUUGACGGAUCUUACACCGAAUGUUCUAGGAUCGUGGAGAAACCUUGAAGAGUUGAAGGCGUCUAACAAUCGGGUGAAUCAACUGCAUCAGGGAUCACUGAGAAAUCUACCGAUGUUGCAGUACAUGGAUCUGUCCAGUAACGAGUUGUCAAUACUGGAGCAUGGAUCGUUGAGGAAUCUACCCGAGCUACAGGAGCUGGUGUUGGCCGACAAUAAACUUUCCGAGCUGAAGGAUAGAGUGUUUGAGGAUCUACCGAACUUGCAGGCUGUCCAUCUUCAGCAAAAUAAUUUGCAGUUCGUAGCACCGCAAACUUUCUAUCGAUCACCGUCCAUUGUCUACCUGAAUCUCUCCGCAAACCAGUUUCGUAACUUGGACAGCGUAGGACUACGAAGCGUCCGCAAUUUGGAAGUUCUGGAUCUGUCCGGGAACUUUAUCCGAAAGAUUACGACGAAUCCUCUACGUGGCCUGGAUUGGCUGGUUGAACUCAAGCUGGACAACAACAAAAUUUGCGGCAUCCAGGGCGAACCGUUCAGCUCGAUGCCCAGGUUGCGUGUGCUGAGCAUUCGAAACAAUAGGAUGGUGCGCGUUCCCGAGUCUAUUUUCCGUAACUUACGGUCCAACAUUGCCAUCCUGGACGUCGAUGGUAAUCCUCUGGAAUGUAAUUGCGAGAUGCUGUGGUACCGUGGAUGGCUUCAGGAGACGGGAACUCUCUUCCCGGGUCCGCGAUGUAACAACGGGAAAAUGUUAAUCGAUAUGCGGUUGUCCAGAACCGAAUGUCAAACAGAUGCCCGAGUAGGAACUGGCCCAGAUCAGCAAAUUCCGCUAACCAACGAUCACGGAGAUGUGUUUACACGCGCUUUGGACUUCGACGAUUGUGGGUCCGAAAAUUACGAGAGCCUACCUCCUGGACCGGCACCCGGAAUAGGCCCCGGAACCAUAGCCAUCCCUCCGUCUCCGGUCGAUAGUGAGUACUUCUCGGAUCAGUACAUUGAUUACCCCAACGCACUGAACGACAGUAACCUGGUCGGACACAUUAAUGGAUCUACCAUUUCAGGAGACCCCCAAGGUUCAAACAACUUCAGCCAAACGUUCGUCGAUUUCAACAACAACAAAUUCAACCAUCUGUACAAUCAACCCUUGGCACCAGUGCAGAAUAAUUCACCAUUUACGUUCUUCGGCGUGCCUAUUCCCAGCUUGAACAUUGGAAAAAUGUUCGGAGGAUCGGGGCGUAGUUCCAACAAUCGAGCUUCGACAGGCACACGAGCGAAAGGCAGAGUUCAGGUCUACCGCCCAAACGACCCCGAUUUACCGCCAAUUCUUAAAAACGGCGAUCGAGUAGAUUCCUCCAUUCCAAUAAAAUCUCCGGCUGAUACACAUGAAAAGAAUCCAGGCGCUACCAACGAUAAUAAUCUAUUCUACAGACCCUACUUCCAAACGUCGUUCCAGAAGCCAGAAAUUCAGAAAGGAGGUUUCACUCCGGUGAUUCCCGGUAGCGAAGGAGGAUUCAAACCGAUAACGGACCCCACCGUGAAGAUAAUCAAACAGAACAUUUCCGGUCCGGGUAUAUGGCCGGAGGAAUUUAGUGACCGCGUUCCUUUAGUUUCCGAUCACACACGAUAUCUACAAAAGAAUAAAUUUGAAGCAACCAUAAAGCCCUCUCACCAUGCUCCAUACUUUGUGGACGGUAUCAGCCACGGGAACCCAGUUCACAUCGUGCAGCAAAACGAUUCAGAAAAUACCAAAGAAAGCACGAACCGUUCUGAGAUGACGGAGAAACCAAACACCGCUCCGAAAAAUUCGGAGAUGGAAGAAGACGAAGAUGAUGAAGGCGACGAGGAAAGUGAAACCGAAGAAGAGGAAAUUGAACAACAACCAGCUCCACCGUUUCCAGGGGUUUCCAAAUACGAAGAAACCGACCUGACAACGCGUCUCUCGAUCGAACUGGGAACCGCCACAACCAUUGGACCUCUGGGCUUCAACAAACCGUACACUCUGCAUAAAACCGAACCCACCAUGACCCGAGAGCUGACCCGUGCGCCCACCAAUGAAUUCUACGACGGAGUCAACCACUCGCCAAGCUCUCUGUCCGCGCUGGUCUCGCCUGGAUCUCAACUGAACAACCUACCCACCGAAACCGGCGGUGGAGGAUCAACCGCGGGAAAGCGACCUCCUGGAAAGUCCACUAUCGAAAAGGUUGCCGCGCCACUGUCUUCCACAGUGACCCCGUACGUUGGAAACUCUCCGCGCGCUGAUGAAUAUUCACCGGGAACGCAUCGGAUCGCAUCGAAGUACGACAACGGUGGAGACUUCGUAACGCAGAGUAUCGCCGAUCUGGCCCAGCACCAUUUCCAUCCGAACGAGGGCAACGAAAUCCGGAAACGGGAGGACAUGGACUGGUACUACGCUACCUACAACCGAACUCCAAUCUAUGACGAUUUUGAUGGUCCGGGAUUGAAUCCGUAUAAAAGUGGCGCCGGACGGAACGGUGGAGUAUUUUGGGUUGUUAUGGCUGGUAUGACUGGCGUCGUGAUUAGUUUCCUAAACUAACUUUACAAACCAUAGUUUCUAAGCUAGUUUUUAGAUUUCAGAGCGCAAACCAAGAGAUAUUACAAUCAGAGAAGUGAUAUAAUUUUAGAAGAGCCCUUCAUUUGUAAAAAGAUUUCAUUCAAACCGAAUUUAAUUAUAGUUACAAUAAAGGUAAUCAGGAAAA